UUCCUCACAGAAUUUGCAAAAUGUUGCGAUACAAAAUUCUGCUCUGGACAUUUUUAAAUAUUUUUCAAUGCCAUAUUAUAAAUGUAUGAACGAAUUUUUCGAUUGUUGUCUGCCGGGUAAAUGAAAAGUGUUGAACUAGAUGUCAUAAUUCGAUUCAGUGAAUACAUCUUUUGGGCACUCAUGUAACACCGGGCCGGUACGUGUUCUUUGAAAUAUAUUAAGAUGUUAAAGAAACUCCAAAGAUUAUCCACCAACAGAAGCAACAUAUUUAAAGGCUACAUACAAGGCAGAUUCUAUGGCAUCGAGCAGCAGGAACAACCGCUAGAGUCGUCGGAGGCGUCGUCUGGCAAAACCACAACUUUCUCAAAAUACAGCACAGAGGAGGUCGAUAAGAUAUUAAAAAGCCUUAACAACUAUAAUUUAAAGGAACUUUUAAGUUAUGAAAUUACCAAAGGAAGAGCAAAUAAACUGCUAGCCUGGCGUAUGCGUAACGGAUUGCUGACCAACUUAUCGGAUAUUUUUUUCAUUGAAGGAUUUGGUCCAAAAGUUGCCGACAAAUUCUAUCAGAGUCUUUUGCAAGAUCCCAAACCGGAAAAUGUUGAGUUGGGCAGCAAGACGAGUCGGCUGAGGACAGCACCAUUCAUUACCCCGGUUAUAACACCAGAACAACAAAUACAAAUUAAAUCAUGUGUUUCCGUAAGAGUUGGGGUGAAUAGUAUUACAUGGGCAAGAUUGGAAUUGGCUGGCGGCGACAAUAAUGAACCUUGUCAGCUGACUCACUGGCAGCAUCAUGAAAUAUCUGAGAAAAAAUUACAUUUACAUGAAUUAAUACAAAGAUGUUUAUAUGUUAAUCACAUGAUUCCCGAUGCCGACUGUUAUCUCUUUGAAAAUCCCCAGAUGGCUCAGGCCAGUAACAAUCACGGCAGUGUGGAGCAACAGAAUAUCAACAUACAAAAGGCCCAAGUGACUGCUGUAAUGGGUUAUGCUUUGGCCUCGCGGCAUUCAAAUAUCCCAAAGGCGAUCGACAAUGAGAAUGAGCCAGCCAAGGGAUCGUUGAUAUUCUACGUUAGGCGUUUCUUGACCGCUCGCCUGUUUAAUCACUUGGUGGGCACGGAACGAAUAUCUUCGGAGGACACAAUUAUAAAUAUGAUGCGUACCUAUUAUAAUGUUAAUGAUUUGCUGCCGGAACAAAGCGAGGAAGCUAGUGAAGAGUUAAGGUCCGAUACUGAUGUGAAUGAGAAGAAUAAUACUAACUCCAACAUCGACCUGAGAGGAAAUGUACAAUUUCCAAUGGAUCUAAGGCAAAUGUUUUCUAAAUCAUUACGAUAUCAUCGUGAAUUUUUGGGUCAAGCAUUGCUUCUAAAUUUGGCAUUUGUUAGAUUGGUAUUAUUACAUGAUCCCGAAAGUAUAGCCAAAGUCUCCAGGGGUAAUAAGUUAAAAAAUGAAAAUGUUUCUAGUUCGGAGACAUAAAUUAUUUGUUACUGUGUUAAAUGUAAAUAAAACGGAAGAUUUGUUAUUA